CGAGUCAGAGAGAUCUCUCCUCCUCGACGCGUCAACUCCUCACGCCGCUAAUUGCCCACUCGCCCUAUCCUCUGAACACGAUGCCAAGAGGGACACCUCAUGUUAGUGCAAGUGUUAAUGCUGGUACUAGCAAUGAUUCCAAUGAAGCUCCUAAUCUCGAAAGUGAGAUAAUAGAUGAUAGAGCACCAUUGUGGAAAUAUGCUAAGAAGAUUGAAAGGUACGGGACUGUUGGAGGAAGUUGGAAGUGGCAGUGCAACUUCUGCAAGUUGUUUUAUAAUGGGUCUCACACUAGAGUUCGACAACAUCUAUUGAAGGAAAGAAGAGUGGGGGUUACCAUUUGUAAAAAAGUUAACCCCCAUGUAUUUGCUCAGAUGACUAAAUUGGUGAAAGAUUACAAUGAGAGAAUAGCAAAUAGAGGAGCAAGACAAGUUCUUUUACCAUUAUCAACAAGCCGAAGGAGUUCAGCAGCUCGUGGCAGCUAGUCUUGAGUUAUGGUGACUACACAAGAGCACUAACAACAACAGUUGAAGGGAAGAAAAGAAGAGCAGCAUGUGAUCCUGUAAUACCCCGGAAUUUUUAGAUGCUAGUUUCUUUUAUUUUUAUUCGGUUGACUUUUUGGCUGACUUUUAAGAGGCUAAAAGUUGACUUUAUUUUCGUAAGUUAUCUUCGAAAACUUUCUUCAUGAAAGUUGUAGAGUUUAUCGAUACGAGUUCGUAGACAUGCGGCACGCUUGAAACGGAGGUCGUAUGAAAAAGUUACGGUCAGAGAAAGUUAGUUUCCGAUUUUGGAAGGUAUAUAAAUAGAAAGUGGUGGGUUUUAUUUUUGG